AUGGAGCAUUUUCUUUGUUCUUCUUCAUCUUUACUACUACACUUUCUAUUGAGUUUUAUUCUCUUCGCCAGCCAAAUCCCAUUCGCCAGCAGUAACCAAGCUUAUUAUAAUUAUUCAAAUGUAACCUGUACUGAAAGUGAACGCCGUGCCCUUCUUCAAUUCAAAGAUGGGUUGAUAGAUGAAUCAAAUCGUUUGUCAUCUUGGAUUGGAGAACGUUGUUGUUCAUGGGAAGGAGUAGAUUGCCACAAUACCACUGAUAGUGUUUUGAAACUUGAUCUACGCAAUAAGGUGCCAAUUUAUGAAGAUGGUCAUUACUGCAAAAAUUGUUUGGGAGGCCAAUUAAGUCCAUCUUUGGUCAAUUUGACCAAUUUGCAGUACCUAGACCUAAGCUUGAAUAAUUUUUCAAGAAUCCAAAUUCCCACAUUCUUUGGAUUGUUUAAAAGCUUGAGAUACCUCAAUCUCUCUAGUGCAGAACUUGCCGGUGAAAUUCCCUACCAUUUAGGAAAUUGCUCGCAUUUAAGGUAUUUAGAUCUUGGAGUUGCAACUCAAAAUUCCUACAUAACCCAGAAUUGGUUGAGGAGUAAGGAUCUCGGGUGGCUUGCUGGGCUUUCUUCUCUAGAAGGCCUAGUCCUGUCCUGGGUAGAUCUUAGUGCCGCUGAAGAUGGGUUAAAGGCAAUUAAAAUGCUUUCUUCACUAACAACACUAAAGUUGGAUUUUUGUAAACUUUUCAUCAUUCCUCAUCUUUCACCGGCCAAUUUCACAUCUCUUUCUACUCUUGACCUCAGUGGAAAUAAUUUCGGCAAGUACAUGGUCCCUUCUUGGCUCCAUAAUCUUACUAUUCUCCAUGAUCUUCGUCUUAGCUCUAAUAACCUCUCUGUUCCAAUUCAUGGCCUAUUUGGGCAAAUGACAUCUCUAGCUCUUCUCGAUCUUGGCUAUAACCGCUUUGAUGCUUCAACUUUGAAAUCUCUUUGCAAUGUGAGCAGUCUUACUUAUUUGGAUAUGAAUAAUAACAACUUGCAAGGGUCGAUACCUAGUGAAAUAGGCCAGCUUAUAAGUCUUACCUAUUUGGAUUUGAGUUACAAUGACUGGCAAGGGUCAAUACCAAGUGAAAUAGGGCAGCUUGUAAAACUAACCGAACUACUUCUCUUUUCAAGUAGGUUAAAUGGCACCAUACCCUACAGUCUUGGGCAGCUCAUGAACCUACAAACAUUAGACAUUUCUUAUAAUUCAUUAACCGGUGUACUAUCUGAGCAUCAUUUUUCGAAACUCAAAUGCCUGAAGAAAUUGGACCUAUCUGAGAACUCAUUUUCUUUGAAUGUGAGCUCCUCAUGGGUUCCUCCAUUUCAACUCCAAUACAUUGGCAUGCAAUCCAUCAAACUAGGACCUCGAUUUCCAGAGUGGCUUCGGAUGCAACAAGAGGUUGAACAGUUAUACAUAAAUAAUGCGAGCAUUUCAGAUGCCAUCCCUAGCUGGUUUCGAGAGCUUUGUUAUGAUAUUAAAUAUUUAGAUCUCUCCAACAACAACAUAACUGGAAGUCCACUAGAGUUCAAAGAAAUGAAGAGCCAUCAUGGUGAAGAUCGGGCAUUACUUCUAUCUUCAAACAAAAUGGAGGGAUCUCUGAAAUCCUUUCCGUCAGAUAUUUGGUAUCUAGAUCUCUCACAAAAUUUUCUCACAGGACAUAUUCCAAAGCCUGACGCCAAUCAAACUGUUGUCCGUAUGAUUUAUCUGAGACUCAAUAAUAACCAUUUCAGAGGUACUAUCCCGGAAGACUUGUGCAGGUUGAAAAGUUUAGCUGAGUUAGAACUAUCCAACAACCAUUUGUCAGGAAGAGUUCCAAUGUGCUUGGGAACCUUGCGAGAUUUGUGGAUCCUAAACUUGGCAAAUAACAGGCUCUACGGUCAAAUACCAAGUUCACUAGGAAACUUGAAGGGACUUAACAGUCUGCUUUUGUAUGGUAAUAAAUUCGUCGGGAAACUCCCCUCAUCAAUGCAAAAUUUGACAGGCUUGCAACUUCUUGAUCUCGGUGAAAAUAGACUGAAGGAUAUCAUACCAUCGUGGAUUGGGGAAAGGUUUUCAAAGUUGAUGUUUCUAAGACUUCAGUCGAACAAUUUCCAUGGAGGUAUUUCUAAUAAACUCUGCCAAAUCUCAAAUCUUCAAGUGCUCAACCUGGCACACAAUAAUUUAACAGGAAAUAUUCCUCAAUGUUUUAACAACUUCACUGUGAUGGCAUCAAAUGAUCCAGGAAAAUAUCAUCAAGGAAUUAAUAAUGAAAUCAGUCUUCAAAACUUUAAGGGAGGAAGAGAACUUGAGUACUCCUCAGAGAAUGUUAUGUUUGUUAAAUCUAUAAGCCUCUCAGCAAAUAAUUUAGUUGGUGAAAUCCCUGAUGGGAUAAUGGAUCUUACUGGGCUGCAAAUUUUGAACCUAUCACAAAACCAUCUAAGCGGAAGGAUCUCCAAGAAGAUUGCCAAUUUGAAGCAACUUGAAACGCUUGAUCUAUCAAUGAAUGAACUCUUCGGUGCAAUCCCUCCAAGCUUGUCUGCUUUAGACUCAUUGAGCUUCCUAAAUUUGUCAUACAAUAACCUUUCAGGGCCAAUACCAUCAGGAAAUCAACUUCAGACCUUAACCGACCCAUCCAUCUAUGAAGGAAAUAGUGGACUCUGUGGCAAGCCACUCCCAAACAAUUGCCUGCAAGACAAAUUACCUGUGGAAAAGGGACCAAUUCUUGAUGACAAAGGUCACAACGAGUCUGAUUGGUCUUGGUUUUAUGCUGGUAUAGGACCCGGUUUUGCUGCCGGGCUCUUGGGAGUUUUGGGAAUCCUUAUUUUCAAGGAGUCAUGGAGCUAUGCAUACUUCAGGUUUCUGGAAAAUGCCUAUGACAAAAUCUGCGUAAUGAUUGCAUUGAAGACUGCUCACCUGAGGAGGAACUUCCAUUGA